AUGCUUGUGUAUUUCACACUAAACUCUGACAUUGAAUUUUAUUAACCAAAAUUUCUAUUCAAUACCACCUCGUGUACUCACUCCUACCCGUAUAAGUAUCCAUCCCACAGUCUGCAUUGUUUGCACACAUUGUUUGCACACAUAUAUCGUACUCUACUACUACACAGAGAGAGAGAGAGAGAGAGAAUGAAGGUUGAAGUGGAAGUCAUAAGCAGUGACACCAUAAAACCCUCCACCCCAACGCCACCGCACCUCCGCCACUACCGCCUCUCGUUCCUCGACCAAGUCAUUCCCCCAGUCUUCAUGCCUCUCCUCCUCUUCUACCCCCAAACGGCCGCCACCUCCAGCUUCACUCAAGAACACAAAUCCAACAACCUCAAAAUCUCCCUCUCCCAGACCCUAACAAAGUUCUACCCACUCGCCGGCCGCGUCGUAAACAACAUCCACGUCGACUGCUCCGACGCCGGGGUCCCCUACACCGAGGCCCGGUCCCACUGCCGGCUGUCGGACCUUAUUUCCGACCCGAGCCCUUCCGAGUUCAUUAAGUUUCUUCCGUGCGAAUUUGGAGAUGUUGGAGAUGUACCGUUGGCCGUUAGGGUGAAUUUUUUCGACUGUGGGGGUGUGGUGGUUUCUCUGGCUAUUUCUCAUAAGGUGGCUGAUGGGUUUGCGUCUAUUUUCUUUAUGAAUUGUUGGGCGGCGGCUGGCCGUGGGGGGGAUGGCGAUGUGGCGUCGCCUUGGCUGGACGGGGCGGACCUGUUCCCGCCGAGGGAGAUGGCGGGGUUUAACCCCAGAACUGGGAUGGUGAAGGACCCGAUUGUGACCAAGAGGUUUGUGUUCGCUGCCUCUAAAAUCUCUUCUCUCAUAGACAAGUGCACUGACGAUUCAAGCCCUGAUCCGAAACGCCCGACCCGCAUAGAAGCCCUCUCCGCCUUCGUAUGGACUCGUUUCAUGGCCUCCGCCCAUACCGAAAACGACCCCAACAAAAUCUACACCCUUCUCCACGCCGUUAACUUGCGCACGAGGGCCAAUCCUCCUCUCCCCGACCACUACUUCGGCAACAUCAGCCGGAUCGCGAUAACGGUGCCAUCGAUGAUCGACGGCCGACCGAAGUGUUACGAGAUUGUCAACCAGAUGAGAGGCGUGAUAAGGAAAGUCGACGAAGAGUAUGUACGGAUGCUCGGCGAGGGCGAUAACCACUUGAACACUUUGAAAGAGAGGGCCUCCAUGUUCACCAAGGGGGAGAUGGUCUCGUUGAACUUUACUAGCUUGUGCAGGUUCCCUUUGUACGAUGCCGAUUUUGGGUGGGGGAAGCCGGUGUGGGUUAGUACAGCUCCGAUGCCGUUCAAGAACCUGGUUGUUUUCAUGGACACGCAUUCGGGCGACGGUAUCGAGGCGUGGGUGAAUUUGAAGGCGGAGGACAUGGCUAAAUUCGAAGCAGACGAGGAGUUGCUUGCGUUUGUUUCGCCAACCAAGGGUGCUGAUUGAUCAAAAUUCAAGGGGUUAGCUAGCUAGCUCAUGUAUCGAAGUGUUUUCAAGAUUUCACUGCAUAUCGUGUGGUUUUUGCUUAUAUAUUGAUGCGUUGGUACCGAUGGACAAUUACAUCUGGGACCGAAAAUAAAGGACAUAGAAUCAGACGUACAAGUGUGAAAUAUUCCAAAUUGUAAAAAAAAUAAAAAGAAGAAGAAGAUCGAAUAAGGGAUUUUUAAGGUAUUGUGUGAA